AUGCCGAAGAAGAUGGGGGUGAACAGCAAGGCCGAGGUGGCCAGGUCGCGGAAGAACGCGACGGAGAGCGAGAAGAAGGAGCGAGAGGCGAAGGAGAAGGAGGAGAAGUACUGGAAGGAAGCGGAGGGUCCGAAGUCCCGCGCGGCCAAGAAGCGGGAGGAGGAAGAAGAGAAGCGCGCGGAGGCGGCGGCGCGCAAGGCGGAGGCGAAGCGGCUGGCGGAGCAGGAGGAGAAGGAUCUGGAGAAGUCGCUGAAGAAGGUGACCGAGGCGGAGCUGAGGAGGAGGAGGGAGCAGGAGCAGGCGGCUCUGGAGAAGAAGUCCGAAGAGGCGAAGAAGAAGCAGACCAGGACGGCGGAGGAGGAAGAGUACGAGAGGCUGGUGCUGGUCGAGAACACGAAUCGCGAUGAUUCGAUCAUUGAGGCCAGGACCGUGGAGGAUGCUAUUGCUCACUUGACUGUUGCGGAGAGCUUGCCCGUUGAUCGGCAUCCCGAGAGGAGGCUUAAAGCUUCGUUUAAGGCUUUUGAAGAAGCUGAGCUCCCAAAGCUUAAGGAAGAGAAGCCAGGACUAACUCACAAUCAAUACAAGGACAUGAUUUGGAAGAUGUGGAAGAAGUCCCCUGACAACCCUCUCAAUCAGAUUAGUAGUGAGUAAGCCUGUGCCCCUGUCACAAAACAAAAAGUGGGCAUGACUCAGUUUCAUUCUGGCUUCACUGCUCGCAAGGAGCCUUCCUUCUUGUCUGUUGAAGGUGGUGUCAGAAGCUAGCGGCGUAGCCGAGAUGAGGUGUGGGAGGAUGAUCUUCUUAUAUGGUUGAGUAACUGGUAAAUGGUGUAAAUGGCAUCUGCAUAAACUGCUGCUGAGGACAGUAGAAUCGUGUUCUUCAGUUCUUGGUUGGGAAGUUUAGAAUGUGAUUGAAUCUUACCUAUGCUGCGUUAUCCAUUGUUAUAAAGUUGUAGCCCAAAUAAAAAUGAGAUGGUUGUGGGGGUAAGUUUGGUCUGUGUACCUGGGAAACAAUGUGGUGGUUGUGUAAACAGUCUUCUUCGUCUUCUUCAUCUUCUUCAUUUCAGAACAAUAAAUUUCCCCAUUUGUCAACUUUUGCCUGCUGGUCUAUUACUAUUGUCUUGCCAAUUCCAAGUUUUCUGGU